GUGAGUGCCGACCGCCUUGUGUUCGCGACGAACCUGCCGCACUGGGCCGAUGGGAAGACGGAGUCCGAGACCGUACGGAAGUUCCACGCUGCUGUGAAGGAUGAGAAAAAGAGGACGCCGCUGUCGCUGAGGGCCUUUACCGGUAUACAACUACUAGAGACUACUGUGUCUCGGCUACCUGCUGUUAAUGCCGAUGAGUUGGAUGAAUACUUCUAUAAUAAUGUUGUUGUCACUGAAGACGACAUGGUGUAUGGAUCAUUUGCUGAUGGGAGUGAGUGUGUUCAGCAUGGUAUGGUUGAUACUACAAAGUGUGCUGUGAAUUACGGAGCGACUCAUAUUUCUGUGUGGUCGAUGUCCCGUGCGCUGGACCCAACUCUACCGGAGCUGUUUCCACCCGUAAACCCAUCUAUGGAGUACGUGGAACCCAGCAACGAUGGUCUCACUCUACUGCAGCUGAUAGGUGUC